CAGGUGGGCAUUGUUAGCAUUACUGCUAGUUCAGACAGACGGGCUCGUUAUCGCGGCGGCCUGACUACUGCCCCGAGGGUUGGCGGACACAGGCAGCACACCCUACACCAGUAGGAGCCUAGUACUCACCCCAGCAGGAGGGCCGCAGCCUUCCCACUACUACUGACGUGAAUGAUAACAUUUGUGAAUCUGUGUUCAUUUGAAUAUCAUAGGCGAUAGCAAGUGCUAAACACCGGUACUGGAAGGUAUUGUGCUGAGGUACCACCUGGUACUUGGACAUGGUUUAGAGGGGUGGUGCAUAACCCAUAAACCUGAUCGAACCUUAGUCACCUGAGCCUCCAGGGGCACAGCCUCCCUCACCCUCAAGAUGGAGGUGAAACAAAUGCAGUUCCUGGUGACCGGGAUGAUCUUCGUGUUGACGACGUGCGUGGGUCUGGCGCCGGUGUUGCUGCGCGGGACCCUCUCCAAAAGGCUGGUGCCCCGCGCAGGCCUCAGGUCACGACUCCUCUCCUGCGCCUCCUGCUUCGGUGCCGGCGUCUUCAUCUUCGUCUGCUUCAUGGGGCUCCUGCCUGCUGCCGAUCGCAAGUUCCACCGCUUUCUUGAGGAGCUGUAUCGGGCAGACGAGGACUGGGAGGCGUUCGCAGAGUUUCCCUGGGGCUUCUUCGUGGUCACCUGCGGCUUCCUCGUGGUCUUCACCAUCGACAAGCUGGUGCACGCGAUGGAGGACAGUCGCAGCUACAGCAGUGGCGGCCUCGCCCUGCUGACCAAGCCCACUGACGACACUCUGGAAGAUCAGCACUUCAGCUUGGACAGUACCGCCAUAGACCACCCUAGCCACCACCUCCCCAGUCACAAAGUUGGCCACGGCGUACCUUCCUCGAUGAUCUUCCUCAUGGCCUUGGGCAUCCACUCGCUCUUCGAAGGCAUGGCUGUUGGCCUCCAGACGGAGAAGGACAAGGUGCUCGAGUUCUCGGUGGCAGUCAUGGUGCACGAGGCUGUCAUGGCCUUCACCUUCGGCUUGGAGGUGAGCAAGAGUCGGGUACUAAGUGGGUGGAGUAAGGUGCUAUACGUUAUGAUGUUCACCUUCACCAUCCCGCUGGGCAUCGUGGCCGGGGUCGGCCUCCAGAAUGCUCCCUCUGACAACAGGGAAAUUGUCUCCGCGGUGCUAGAAGCCUUUGCAACAGGUAUCUUCAUUCAUGUAAUAUUCAUCGAGGUUCUGGCGAAGGAGUUCCCCAGCCACCACCACCUCAACCACCACCACCACCUCAACCACCACCACCUCAACCACCACCAGCACCAGCAGACGGGGGAUGAUCAGGCCCCACCCUCGCCACCCUCGGAGAUCUGUCUCGUGAUGGAGAAAGUGACGUGUAUUUGUUGUGGUCUGCUCACGCUAAUUCUUAUUAAUGUGUUCAUGCAUGCCCACCACUAGUGCCUUGUGACCCCUGGUGUUGCGUCUGCCACUAGUGCCUUGUGACCCCUGGUGUUGCGUCUGCCACUAGUGCCUUGUGACCCCUGGUGUUGCGUCUGCCACUAGUGCCUUGUGACCCCUGGUGUUGAGUCUGCCACUAGUGCCUUGUGACCCCUGGUGUUGCGUCUGCCACUAGUGCCUUGUGACCCCUGGUGUUGCGUCUGCCACUAGUGCCUUGUGACCCCUGGUGUUGCGUCUGCCACUAGUGCCUUGUGACCCCUGGUGUUGCGUCUGCCACUAGUGCCUUGUGACCCCUGGUGUUGAGUCUGCCACUAGUGCCUUGUGACCCCUGGUGUUGCGUCUGCCACUAGUGCCUUGUGACCCCUGGUGUUGAGUCUGCCACUAGUGCCUUGUGACCCCUGGUGUUGCGUCUGCCACUAGUGCCUUGUGACCCCUGGUGUUGCGUCUGCCACUAGUGCCUUGUGACCCCUGGUGUUGCGUCUGCCACUAGUGCCUUGUGACCCCUGGUGUUGAGUCUGCCACUAGUGCCUUGUGACCCCUGGUGUUGCGUCUGCCACUAGUGCCUUGUGACCCCUGGUGUUGCGUCUGCCACUAGUGCCUUGUGACCCCUGGUGUUGCGUCUGCCACUAGUGCCUUGUGACCCCUGGUGUUGCGUCUGCCACUAGUGCCUUGUGACCCCUGGUGUUGCGUCUGCCACUAGUGCCUUGUGACCCCUGGUGUUGCGUCUGCCACUAGUGCCUUGUGACCCCUGGUGUUGCGUCUGCCACUAGUGCCUUGUGACCCCUGGUGUUGCGUCUGCCACUAGUGCCUUGUGACCCCUGGUGUUGCGUCUGCCACUAGUGCCUUGUGACCCCUGGUG